AUGUCUGCUCAGGACCGCGUUCAAAACUACAUCGGCCAGCUCGACCGCGAGCUUUCCAAGUACCCCGCCCUGAACAACCUCGAGAAGCAAACCAACGUUCCCAAGGCCUACGCCGUCAUCGGCGUUGCUGCCCUUUACUUCUUCCUCAUCAUCUUCAACCUUGGUGGUCAGCUCCUUACCAACCUUGCCGGCUUCGUUAUCCCUGGUUACUACUCCCUCAAUGCCUUGUUCACUGCGAACAAGCAGGACGACACUCAGUGGUUGACUUACUGGGUCGUCUUCGCUUUCUUCACCGUUGCGGAGAGCCUUGUUAACGUUGUCUACUGGUUCCCCUUCUACUUCACUUUCAAGUUUGUGUUCCUGUUGUGGCUUUCUCUGCCCGUCUUCCGCAGCGGUGCCGACAUUGUCUUCAACUCUUUCCUGUCCCCCAUGUUGUCCAAGUACUUCGCCGGUGCCUCGACUGCCUCCGGCCUCCGUGCCCAGGCCGACAAGGCCGAGUAA